AUGGGAAAGCUGUUCAAGAAGUUCAGGAUAGAAAAGGCCAAUGAAAGGAAAAAAGCUAAGGAAAAGCCAAAAAUAAAGAAGACACAAGAGAUAAGAAGCCAUAUAAGAGAGCGCUCGGAAAUAGAAAAAAUAUUUUGUUGUUUGGAUGUCUCCUACAGAAGAAGGACUGGGUACAGGAAGAUCAUUGGUUUGAAUGAGGCAGAAUUGGAGAAAAACAUAUUUCUUGUUUUGGAAAAGGUUUUAGAGGUCGUGGUGACCUUCGAUCCUGUGGACAGUCUGUUCUAUUCUGUGCUGAAGAGAGUGCUACGCCUUAGGAACAGCGUUUCCAUACACCCUCUUCUUAUAGAUUACUUUUUUGCGUCCGUUCUUUGUGGAGCCAGCUACGAAGACUUCGGCUUUUUCCUUCUCAAGAACUCGCCACAGCUCUUAGUGAGCAACAAGGACAAAAUUCUUGCCCGUCUUCCCGACGGGGAGCUAAAAAGCAAGAUAUCUGAGCUGAAGCCGAGAAACAGAUGUCCUUCCAUUGAAUAUCAGCAGAAAUUUGUGAUUUUAAAAGACAAAGUAUUGAUAGACGAUAGAAGAGCCAAAUAA